ACCUCCAAGUUUGUUCGACCUCGUUGUUCGUGCGCUCUCGUUCCUGGGACCUCAGGGGAAGUUCGUCUUAUCCUAUAGGUCUCUCUCUGUCACGCAGUACGAUCGGCCUGCUUUCGAUCACCAUGCGGUCCUUACCUUCUCUACGUUCCGGCAUCCAAGCCGGCCUGAGGCCAAGCCAGCGUUCUGUCUUUUUUCGGGUUCGCUACGUCUCUAGUACACCAUCACGACAGUCAAGCGAGCCUCCUGCCCCUCAGGCCGAGGCCGUUCCCGCGUCCGAGAAAGGGAAGGAGAAGGAGGCCGUAUCGUCUGUGGACGCGACGCAAGCUGUUGCGCAGGACGAGCUGCCGCUAUUGCAGAGGCCGCUGGGAGUGAGGGAGAAACCGAAGGCACGGGUGAGGACGUGGUCGGACGCGAAGGAGAAGUUCAUGGACCAGGACAAGCGGAUGGAGGAGCGGACACACUUAGCGCGGGAAGCGACGCGAGGAUACUUCGCCGACCUGAACGCGACGCGGAAACACGGAGGCAAGACGUGGAUCGCGCCGAAGGUCAUGAUCCGGGAAGACAAAGCCCUAUACUUCCCGGAUAUUCAUGGCGCCACACUAGCCGGCGAGGAGAAGGCCCAUACGACGAAUAUCCUCGACGGCAAGGUCUCAGUUUUGACCCUCCUCACCACGCGUAUAUCCGAGAUCCAAACCGCACACUUCGUGGAACCCACCCAAAAGGCGUUCGGCUCGAACCCAGACUUCCAGCUCGUGCAAAUCAACCUGCAAGACAACCUCAUGAAGUCCUGGCUCGUCUCCCUCUUCACGUCCGGCAUCAAGAAACAGGUUCCCGAGCAGCUGUGGCCCACCUACAUGAUCUCAAACCAGAACAUGGAGUACCUCCGCGAGCCGUUGGGGAUUGCAAACAAGCACGUCGGAUACGUCUACCUCGUCGACUCGGACAAAAAGAUACGCUGGGCGGCCUGCGCGGACCCCAAGUCGGAGGAGGUUGCCGCGCUGACGACAUGCACAAACGUUCUGUUGGAUAGGCUCGCGAAGCAACGGGAGGCUCUCGCCGCCCCCGAGUCGUUGCCCGUGGAGAAACAGCCGUAAUGGCCAAUCACCGCUACGAUGCUUCCCAUACGACCUGCUCUCCGUCUCUUUCCCCGCUUGCAGCGUUGUCCAGGUGGCCUUCGAGAGCUUGGCGGGGUUCCCACACAUCUAAUCUGGGGUCUAGAUAUAGAUCACUUAAUGUAAGACUUCUCUGCUUCGUCCCUCUUCACGGAACGCUAUGAUGGACCUGGAGACGUAUGUCCGUUGGAGGUGAGUACCGGGGGUACGCAUGCAGCAGACAGGGGUUGUCGGGGAUGCUGCGUUCGGGGGUCAGGCUGCUCGGGUCGUGCGUAUGCAGUCUUCCGGGCUCUAAGCUUCUACGUUCAGCUUCGACUACAGCAUAUGACAAUAUUGAAUCAAUGGCAAGGAGUGUCCGGGAGGUUAGUAUGCCUCACUACAAGAACUUCGAGGGUUGCCCAUAGUUUACUCCCAAGAGCGACACAAGCCAGCCAGAGUCUAUAGCCCAUGUCGAAUUAAUAUUCUCGGAUGGACUAGUGCCCUCUCGCUACAGUUGAACCGUCUUUAGACCUUGAGCUUUGCUUACGAGAGCAACGAAUUCCUGGGAAGGCGCGGUUUUCCAUCUGCUGUCCUCUUGUGGAAGUGGCGGAACAGCUCUUCAAUAUCCGGCCUCAACGCUUGGGCGACAUCCUCUAGGUUUCCUCUGCUGCCCCCGGGUUCAAGGACGCAGAUGACCUUGAA